ACUUCACGCAAGCCGUCGUCCUGUUACCACUACUAUCAAAUGGCAGCAGACUCCGCCCUCACGAACGGGGCCGAUUCCCAGAGACUAAGAUGGAAGUAUCUCGACAGGAUUCUAAGCCGGCCGGGGCCCUUCACAGAUCCAGAUUGGGAGCCCGGUGAAGCAGUCAUCGAAGGCUUGUCUAGAGCAAAGAUACUGGUCAUCGGUGCAGGUGGUCUGGGAUGCGAGAUUUUGAAAAAUCUUGCUCUCUCUGGUUUCAAGGACAUUCAUGUCAUUGAUAUGGAUACCAUCGAUGUUUCGAAUUUGAACCGACAGUUUCUCUUUCGUCACGCCGAUGUAGGCAAAUACAAAGCUGAUGUCGCUGCACGUUUCGUUGAGAAGCGGGUAAAGGGCGUUAAAAUCACGCCAUAUUGCGGCAAAAUUCAGGACAAAGACGAGGACUAUUACAUGCAAUUUGCAAUGGUCGUAUGUGGACUCGAUAGCAUUGAAGCCCGUCGCUGGAUCAAUGCCACCCUCGUUGGAUUGUUCAACGAAGAGGACCCGGACAGCUUGAAGCCUCUGAUUGAUGGCGGAACGGAGGGAUUCAAAGGGCAGGCAAGGGUUGUAUUCCCUACCAUGACAUCCUGCAUAGAAUGCCAACUUGAUAUGCAUGCACCACGUGCAGCGGUGCCGCUUUGCACGCUAGCUACCAUUCCCCGACAACCUCAGCAUUGCAUUGAGUGGGCUCACAUCAUUGCCUGGGAAGAAGAGCGCAAGGACAUCACCCUCGACACGGAUGACCCAGAGCAUAUUACCUGGCUCUUCCAGAAGGCCUUGAAGCGAGCCCAAGAGUUCAACAUCUCCGGAGUCACGUACUCUAUGACCCAAGGCGUCGUAAAGAACAUCAUACCCGCCAUAGCAUCAACAAAUGCUAUCGUUGCUGCGAGUUGCUGCAAUGAGGCCUUCAAAUUGGCUACCAACAGCAACCCGUUCUUAGGCAUUCCUGAGACCGACAACUAUAUGAUGUAUACUGGGGACGAGAGUAUCUACACUUACACUUUCCAGCAUAUCAAGAAGCCAGAUUGCCCCGUUUGCGGCAAUCUCGCCAAGAAUCUUGAGGUAGACUCCAAAUCUACGUUACAGGAGUUCAUCGAUAGUUUAGCAGAGAGACCAGAAGCACAACUUAAGAAGCCCACCAUUCGAACGGAGGCGAAGUCCCUGUACUAUCAAUCACCUCCGGCGCUCGAAGAGCAGACAAGACCUAACCUAUCCAAGAAGCUCAGCGAGCUAGUAUCAGAUGGGGAAGAGGUUGCUAUACAAGAUCCAGCUUUCCAGAUUGCGUUCAAGUUCAAGCUGGUCUUCAAGAAGUGAUCACGUUUCUUACCAGCGAGGUGCGAUCGUGAGGGUCUAUCCUAGCGAAUGAAAUGCAUGGGGAUAUGGCGUUAAUGUCACAUGAGCUCUUCAUACGACUUCACAGACAGAACAAUCCUGGUCUAGUUGUUCUUCCUUAGGGGUAGAAAUUGGUGAUUACUAGGUGAAUUUGGCCUGCUCAAGCUAGAGGCCCUAUUUCCACAUAUUGAAGAGUCAUUGAGGCUCCCCAAACCAUUCACAUGUUGCUCUAAUUCGCGUGCGCGAUUGCCGACGAGAGGUAAGAACGUCGAAUGCGAUAGGUUUGAAGUAACUCUACCAACGCGAGAACAUGGAACGGCUCAAAACAUGUUCUGGAAAUCCAUAACUAAGCUUAGCUUGGAUUUUUAAUCCGAAGGAAAUCCUUCAAUCCUACAAAUCUGACUCAGACGACCGUGAU